CCUCCGCGCGCCGCUUAACCUCGUCUCGUCAUCCUCGAAACCCUCGCUGCUGGCCGCUGGCCACCCUCCUUCGUUCGCCGCCGGCCGCAGGGAUCGAAACACGGACGCUGCGCGAGAAUUCGUGCAACGACCACCGGAGAGUCGUGGAGUUCGCGUUCGCGAUCGCCGCGCGAAGGACGUGAAUCGUGUUUCGCUUCGUCGGGUCGCGCGCGCCCGCGCGCGGGGUGGUGAAACGUAUCGCGUACACACGCUAUACACGCUUCUUCCCUCCCGCUCCUCCUCCAGCGCACCUCUCCGCCUCCGCCUCCGCCUCCGCCUCCGCCUCUAUACGCGAUACGAUCCGCGGAGCGACCUCGUAACGUAGUCGCGUGUGUGUGAUAGUGGCGAGCAAAAGGUCGCGCGCGCUGCGCUGCGUAUUUGGGAGGAUUCCAACUAGUCCAGCGGUGUGUAUCCCCGCCGAGUGGAUCGAAAUUAUGUUCGCCAGGGGAUAGCCCGUGAACGUGAACGAAACGCGCAUACGGCGAGCGAGUGAGCGAGCGAGCGAUCGAACGCGGGGGAGGCAGGAGCCAGCAGCUUCGUGAACGAGCAGCGCUUUGCGUGAGGAGCGCCGCGCGACGAUGAUGGCAACGAACGUCGUCGAGUAGAGUGAGCUUGGCUCCCCGACAGCCAAGAGGAUGCCACGAAGACAGGGUCGCUGCCGAAUAGUACCGGGGCGACGCGGCAUCAGUGGGCGCUAGAGUGGCAUCGGUGGUAAAGUAAUCGGAGGAGACGAGGGAGAACACGAGAACACGCAAGGUUACACACAUAUACACACGCACACACGUACACACACCACACACACACACACAUACACGCACACACACACUCACACACCUCGAAGGAUCCUCGAGAAAAAUAGAAGGUGAACAAUCGGAGAGGACACAACCAAGGAAAGGUUGAAGAAACAAGAGGAGCGAAACGGAGAAAAGGAAGACGUGCGACGAGGAGCCGUGUUCACCGUGUGCGGUGUGGUCUUUCCGGAGUCCUUCUCCGUGGGUGUUUUUACGCGUGCGACCGUGGAUCGAUAGUUUGUCCCGUGAGCUAGUGCCGGACGGGAGUUGGAGUUACGCUACGUGGAGGACGCGCGCGAUCCUCUUACAUUCGACAACAACGAUACCCUUGAGCCGCGAGUAACGAGGCCCGUGGGAGACGCCGCAGCGGAGGAAAGUUCCAAAGGGGCCUAGCUUAGGGGAAGUGUGCCGGCUAUCGCGACGCGGUUGUCAACGCGGGAGACGCUCGGAAACGAUCGAAAGCUCCGAGCGGUGAUUUAUGGGGGAUUACAGCGCGACGAGCCUCUUCUCCAGUACCCUGACCAGCCCGAAAUCUUGCACGAGCACGAGCAGCAGCGGUAGCAGCAGCAACAACGCCAUCAUCACGACAUCCACGAUGCAGGACGAUCUGCUGAUCGAGAAACAAUCUGCCGGAAAGCCCGCUCCGCUCUCGCCGAGCGGCGCCCUCGACACCGUGGCUGGACAGGACAAGUCCAAGGACGUGAUCGAAGCGGAGAGCAUCGCCAUUACCCCGACGACACCCUCGUCGACGGACAAGGAUAUCACGUGCAGCACGACUUCGGCUUUGCAGGGUUUCGCCGAUCCGGGCGGCCGCGUGCCCAGCCUCUGGUCCGCGCCGGACGACGGCGGUUUGCACUCCGCUCUACCGGUCAACGGCUCGAUCGCCGCCUUUCAAAAUUUUCCAACUGGUGGACCCGCGGGCCUGUUCGCCAGCACCGGUGCAGCCGCUGCCGCUGCCGCUGCCGCCGCCGCGGUUUCGACCGGCACGCGACGCGCUAUCACGGCUAGCCACAACUUUCCGCAGCAGCCACAGCAACAGCACGUGGGUAACGCGGGUGCGCCCACCGGCACCAGGCACAGCGGUCUGCAGGUGUCGUCCGCGCAACAGCAGCAGCAGCAACAGCAACAACAGCAGCAGCAGCAGCAACAUCAGCAGCAGCAACAACCUCCGCCGACGUCGCAUCCAAGCGUCUACCUACCCGGUAAAGGAUACGCCGCGUGGUCGGGCGGAGCGCCGCAGGCUCCGCAGCAAUGGGGUGCGGGCCCGCAAGCGGCCGCUGCCGUCGCCAGUCCCGGCCUGUCUCCUUGGAAUCGCGGCAGAUCCGUGCCUAAUCUACCGCCGCUGCACUCGUCCUUGCACGCCGCCGCAGCAGUUGCGGCCGCGGCCGGUUUGCAAGGCCGCAAGCCAAGUCCGACGUUCCCGGGCCAUCCGGGCCCAGCGGCGGCGCAUCCCUCCUGCAUCAGCCCGGUCAAGUUCCGUCGGAGCACCUCGUAUCCCGGCAAGGGCAACAUGUACCCGCCCCAACCAGCACCGACCUUCGAGGUGACCGCCGCCGAGGAGAGGGACCUGCUGCAGAUGCCGCCGUUUCAGCAGGAUCGUAUGACGGCUAAUGGAAACUCACCGUUGGACAACAUGAGGACUUUGGAACACUAUCUCAGCGACAUUAUGCGAGCCGGCGCGGCGGACACCCCGGAACAUCUAAAAGGAUUCAUAAACUGCAACACCGCCAACACACUGCAGUCGCUCGCGCAGCUACAUGGCAAAUCUCCGUUCUUCCCGAGUCUUGAAGAGCAAGGUGGUACUCUGCUGGAGGAUCCGAAUGCACCGAGUCUGGAUGGCGUCGGCGUUGGUGUCGGGGUAGGCGUCGGCGUUGGCGUGGGCGGCGGCAUAACAGCGUCCCAAGCGGCGCCGCUCUCGUCGCCGAGCCGGAGCAGUCCGCACAGCCAGGGCAGCGAAACCGGCGAGCGUUUCUCCAGGAAAGUCUUCGUCGGUGGACUACCGCCUGACAUCGACGAAGACGAGAUCACAGCCAGUUUUCGCCGCUUUGGUCCGCUCGUCGUGGACUGGCCCCACAAGGCAGAAAGUAAAUCUUACUUCCCACCGAAAGGCUACGCAUUUCUGCUAUUCCAGGACGAAGGUUCGGUGCAGCAGCUGAUAGACGCCUGCAUCCAGGACGAGGACAAACUUUACCUUUGCGUAAGCUCGCCCACAAUCAAGGAUAAGCCUGUGCAAAUCCGACCUUGGCGGCUCAGCGACGCCGAUUUCGUGCUGGACGCGUCUAUGCCGCUCGAUCCGCGAAAGACGGUCUUCGUCGGCGGGGUGCCGCGACCGCUCAAAGCCGUCGAGCUCGCGAUGAUCAUGGACCGGCUUUACGGCGGUGUCUGUUAUGCCGGUAUCGACACCGAUCCUGAGCUCAAGUAUCCCAAAGGUGCCGGCAGGGUCGCCUUCAGUAAUCAGCAAAGCUACAUAGCUGCCAUCUCAGCCAGAUUCGUACAGCUGCAGCACGGCGAUAUUGAUAAGAGGGUCGAAGUUAAACCAUACGUUCUGGACGAUCAGAUGUGUGAUGAAUGUCAAGGCCAGCGUUGUGGAGGCAAGUUUGCGCCGUUCUUCUGCGCCAACGUCACUUGCCUACAGUACUACUGCGAACAUUGCUGGGCAACUAUCCACUCCCGGCCAGGUCGGGAGUUCCACAAGCCGCUGGUGAAGGAGGGCGCGGAUCGGCCUCGGGCCGUGCCUUUCCGCUGGUGUUAACCCCAGCUGCGUUGUCCCUAAUUAUCUCGCAGCCCUAGCUAAUUAACUACCACCUCUACCGAUAUCUCCCCACCCUCCCCUCACGUGCCCCCAACCAACCUUCACUUCCCUCUAUCCCCAUAUUACUUACUUACUUACCUACAACAAGAACACAGCCUCAAAACUGCUAUUACUACUACUACUACUACUACUACCACCACUACUACCACCACUCGAUCGUUACGUACUACCACUACUCUACUCUACUACCACUAUUAUUACUAUUACUAUUACUACUACUACUACUACUACUACUACCACUACCACAACUACUAUUCUACUACAAAUUAUUACUAUUACUACUACUACUACUACUACUACUACUACUACUACUACUACUACUACUAUUACUCCACUGCUACUACUUCAAGUUGUACCGGUUUUACUGGAGGAAGAAACCAGCCACUGUUGCCCGUCAGUCGAUGCAAACUCUCCGCGUCGCUCCGAUCUUCGACCUCGCAUCCGUAACGACUUGCUAACCGCCGUCGGUAUCAUCGUCGGACCAAACUGUUGCCGAUCUAAAUGACUUUGCCGAACCGGAAACUGAUCUCGCGCCUGACGAAGGCGUCGGAAGAGACAACAAGGAGCAGAGGGGAAUGAUCGGAUCCACGCCGAGCCGACAUCGUCGAGCCGGAAGAAGGAAGAAAACGAAGAAAGACACACGCCGAGACACAGGAUUCAGAAGAGAAACGAACACGGAUUCUCAGUAUAUCGAUUACUCGUACACGUAUAAUCCUAUCUGUCUGCGCUGUAAAAUGCACCGGUUCUGCCCGAAAGAUCGAGUACUGUUAGUUACCGCGAGUCUCGAGGAGCGAGCAAGCGUGGGAGGGGCUGCUGCCGCCGUCGCCGCCGCCACCACCCUCGCGUAACACACACCCCGCGCCCGAUUGCCGGCACCGAUCCUCCUCGAGUAUCUGCCGAAAUCGCCGAUACGGAUCCGCCUCGCGUUUGCGUCUCGAUCCGCCGCGGAUCGUCUCUUCCGAGUUCGACUGCCGCGUGCCGAAGGAGUUGCUCCCCGUGUCGUCCAUCCCGGUCGAGUGGGAUUUUGAUUUUGCGAAGCGCGACCCGAGUGGACGCGGGCGAGGCGACUUUUCGACGAACGGGGCUCGUGUUUUCUCGCCGACGUCGUCCGACGAAUGUUCGUAAGAAACGCGAGUACCUGAUCUGACGCGAGAGUGUGCGCCAGAGUGAGCGAACGGGAUUGGAAGGGAAUGUGAGAGAAAGAGAGAGAUAGAGAAUAAAUGAGCAAGAUGAUAGUGGAAACAGGCGAGAUCGGAAAAGACGCGUAGGCGAGUGAUAAGGGCCGGUGGAAAACCCGGAAGAGAGUGAUAGGGAGAGGAUAGAGACGAGGUAUAGAGAGACGAAUCGUUCGCAUUGGAUGUUAAUCAGUAAUGAAAAAAAGCCACGCUUCAACCCGCUGUGUAGGUAAUUCUCUGUAUCACAAACACAGAACACACACACAUAUACAUAUACACGGUUUCCUAGCUAUUAAGGACUUAUUAAAAAUACAUAGGUGCGUUGCGGAAUGCGUUUCUCGUGCGGAUAACGCGACCGCACGCUCGUAGAGAGGCAUUUGAGAAAAUGAUUUUUUACUAAUUAACUUAUUCAAGUGAGAAAGAAAUAGCGUAGAGAAUAACACAAACAGGAAACAUAAAUGGGGAAACCGAAAUGUAUUAGGGAGAAGUGGUGUCACACGGGCGAUGGAAGGAGGAGUAAAUAGAAACCGACGUAGUUCAAUUCUUCAAACGCGAACGGCUGUAUACGACACCGUGGCGGUGUGCCCCAGGUUGUCCAGGCCUGCCUAGCUUAGCAUUCGCACGCCAGGUUUCUCUGCCAAUUUUCUUUCCCGAAAAAUAAGAAACACCGGUGUCAGUGAUCUUUACUAGACUUCGCGCGGGAAACGAAGGAGUCACGAAGCCGAGCCGCGCGUAUCGUCCGCCCGCGGAGGGGAAGAGAAGUGCAUCUACUCACUCGUGGAGAACUCGCGAGGGCCAAGGGUUGCCGCUACCGCCGUCGCUCACGAAUUUUACGCAUCCCGAUUUUAUUAUCACUAUGUGCAAUAUAUAAACGGUCGCUCUCUCCGUGGCCGGCGCGCCGAUGAGAACGAUCGGUGAUACGCGAGACGUAUUUUCGACCUACGCGCGAUUUCCCUCCUCACCGAAAACGUUCGAUAAUAAGCGUAGAAUAUCCGCGAACAUCUGCGAGCGUCUCAACCCGUGCGGUCCCGUCUCUUUCGCGAAACGCGAGCGGCGUACCUCGUGGAUCUUCUCUCGCGGCGAAACGAUCUCGCGCUCGACUUCGCGCAGGCUGAUGAGAAAAAGAAACGCGCUUGCGAAACGGGACGCAAGGGGGCGGGAGGGGUGUCGUUUCUCAAAACCAAAGUAGCGAUAGAAACCGUGAGUCGCGGAAUACCGGAGCAACGUGUUAUACAUAGCAUGAUCGUAUCUAAUUACUCUCUUCAUACGUCCGAUAGAUGAUUUGCGAGAGUGUGCGGCACGUCUUGAGGGAUCGCGCGUUUCGCGCGCGGGACACUAUUAUUUAGAUUCGUACAUUAUACAUAUAUAUGCAUAUAGAGAAUGCCGCAUGUUGUCCGCUCCUGUACAUACAUACCGAUCCCUCUCUUCUAACCGAUUAAUCGAUUUAACCGGCGUUUAUUAAUCGCGACCGCGAGUAUGCACGGUUUUCUUAAAUCCCUUCAAAACGAAACGGACUUUUUCGCUGAGUGUAUAUAAUCAAACGCAAUCGCCGUAGUUCAAAUUAAAGGAUAAAAGAAAAAAGGAGGGAAAACUUUCCGCCGAGACGCAGGAUUUCUAUUCUCAAAGGGUUCAAGGUAUAGAAAGAGAGAGAGAGAGAGAGAGUCUUGGUUCGCAGGACCUCCGUAAAUUUUAGGCAUGGCGCUUCCUAUCACGCGUCCUUUCACCCGAUUCGCCCCGGCGAUCCCGGCAAGAUUUAAUCGACGAUUUUUCGACGCGUUUUACCUAAAACGAAGGCAACUUCCCGUACCGUAAUUAGUCUCUCACUCACGAGAUUAUUCUUCGGUACGUAACAUAGGAUACUUUUGAUAACUAACCCAGUAGUAGUGGAAGCAGGCUUAGCGCUAAUACCGGACGUUCGUCAUCUCCCAGUGACCCUUUUGUUAUGCAAAAAAGGCGUGUCUCUUUACAAUACUUCCGACAAUAGCCGGGUCGUUCCUUCGCGAGACGACCGAAAGGUCGUGGGGCUGGGAAGCGUCGUGCCUCGGAAUUAGUAUGCAACGUUGUGUGUUCCGCUUCGUAGAUGGCAAAAAAGCCCAACAUUCUGUACGUAGCAGCAGCAGCAGCAGCAGUCGGAAGACGUAGUUUAAACCUCGCAUGACGAGUCUCUCGCGAUACUCUUCUUCUGCGCACGUAUCGGACUUUGUACAAUCCGCGAACACACACAAUACACGUACAUACACACACACGCACUCAGAGACAAGAGCACACAGCACACAGGUCGAUUACGCGACCGACGAUUCGCGAAUCACAUAUUUGCGUACGGAUAUAACGAGGGAAGGAACAAAAAGAAGUAAUCCUCACACACACGUCUAUAUAUACACAUAUAUAUUUAUUUUUUUGGUACUCCUUUUUGUAUAUAUAUAUAUUAUAUAUAUAUGAUAUAUCUUAUCUCGCCGCACGUAGAGAUGAUAGGCGGCGGCGGCGUUUAUUAGGAGACAAUGUGAAAGAAUGCAUUAUUAUUAGGCGGGUGCUGUGUGACAGAAAGCGCAGUAAGAGAGGCGGCCGCGUUCAACGACGACCCUCCGUCCCUUCGUCUGAGACACACCGUUCAGCCCGCGAAGACACGAGGACACGCGCACGCGUUCGACGCGGACGAGAGUCGCGUGUGGUGAUGAAGGGGGGGAAAAAAUUAAUAAAUCCAAUAAGACAGCGGGAGGGAGGAAGGAGACGACUUCUCGUCGCCGACCCUCUUCGACUCGCGCGCGCCCUCGAUUAAGGUAAAUUGGUGCACGGAUUGGAUCCGAAUCUGAUCGAAACGCGGGCGAAAUUUUAGAUGAAGUAGGAGACGAAUAAGAACCGGGGAUGUAGAGAGGAUCUCGAGUCGUCCUUGCGACCAAAGGGAAGGGGAGCAGGUGGGUAAAACAUUAGUACAUAAUUACACGUAUAUUAGUUGGUAGAGCGAGUACGUUGAAUUUUUCUAUCCGUUGCUAUCUCUCGCAAUAUUCUAAAUAGACACGAUCGACUUUUUCUUACGCACUUGACGAAAGCCCGGAAUCGUUUCGAUCGAAAGGAUUGGCGGGACGGAGAACGGAGAUCACGCGUGAGUGAGAAAAAAAUUAAAAGAGAGGAGCGAGAAUGGGGGUGGGACACGACGAGAGAUAGGCGAGAGGAGGACGAAUAUGAGCAUUAGUUAGUGCAAUUUUACAUACGAGUCAUCGUUCUUAUAAAUCGAGCGAAAGAGAAAAGAAAAGAAAGAGAGACAGAGCGAACGUGAGAGAGAGAGAGAGAAAGAGAGAAAGUGGAAAUAAUUUGUGCGGCACACGCGGGCAGUAAAUAAAUUAAAACGCAGGCCGCGAUCGGGCAUAUCCGUGUUGUUAUCGCGGGCAAAUUUAUAUAUAUAUAUGUAUAUGAGAAAAAUGCUGGCGAGCUCGCGCGCGCGGCCGUGCACGUGCGGAAAUCACGUGCGUGCGCACGCAAAGCCGGCUUAUAUAUUAGGCGAAAAUUUUUCUCAACCACACACUUCGCGAGCACGGGGCACGUGUCGUCGAACAGGCGCUCGUGCACGGUCACACACUCGCACAUACACACAUAACACACAUACACGCACGCUCCACUAAUCGAUCGAUAUAAUUGUGUAGCGAAACUUACCUAGGUACCAAUUCAUCUAAAUCAAUUGAUAACUAAAAAUAUAUAUUGAUAUAUACAUAUUAUAUAUAUAUAAAUAUAUAUUAUAUAUAUAGAGAGAGAGUAGCGUCGUGUUCCAAUACUUGAGCGAGUGAGUACUUGGACAAGGACCGAGACCGAUUUUUCUAGACAAAUUUUUCUAUAAUGUUCAAAAAACGGAUAAAAACGUGCGAAAAAAAAAGAUAGGCAAGCGAGAGAAAGGAGGACAGGACGUAUCGUCCCCACGCAAAACGUCACUUCGGGAACCUGUUUCGGGAGCGCGAACGCAUACGCGAAAGUACAUUUAAUUCUGGCUAACACAUAUAUACACACACACACACAACACUCAUAAUCCCCAAAGUAAAAAUCGUAAGUACGAGUAUACGAUCUUUUUCAUGUCGACAAGUACACGAGGAAACCAUCGAGAAAUUCCUAUAAGCACACAAUUUUUUUUUCCACUCUUACGAAAACACGUUCUAUCAAACACGUGAAACUUGAAACUACGGUCGUGUCUCUUUGGAUAUGGGUGUCUAGCUAAAUGUUCAAUCUCACUGUGUGUACUCGGGUCGUUUCGCGGGUUUCGAUCUCCCCAUCCCCGAUUGAUAUUCCCCCAUUCCUCCGACCCGACAUCGUGUACCUCUUUGUGCGAAACACUUAUUUUUGUGCUAGCGAUUUAUAAGGCGCAACGAAGGGGGAAAGAGGUGCGUUAGGUAUAUUCCGUGUAAAAAAAAAGUUCAGGCUCGCCGUCUAGAUUCCCGAAAACCGACUAAGAUAUCUCGCCCUGGCUGACGCGAGAGCGAUAUUUUACGGUCACGAUGACAAUACACCCCGAAUUUUUACAACGUAACAAAUAGUAAUCCGACCUAAUCAUCAGCUUCCUGAAUUUCGACGAGGGAGAUACGAUCAUUAUAUCUGUAAUCAUUAACGAUCGAAUUCGCGCGGACUGUGCGAUUUAUCUUACUGUGUCGGUUUCCGUGAAUCUUUUAUUCUGAGCCGUCGCCGAAUAAGCUUUUUAGAAAUUGAAGGGUUUGAUGCAGAGCAAAAAGGCCAAUCCAAUUUACAAGAAAACAAUCCAUGCUUCUUUUUGUAUCUAAAGACAUGAAAUCAUAUUGUAAUAACGAUUAUGUAUACAAUACAUAUGAAAUAUAUAAUAACAAUUUUACUCGGGAAGUAAAAUUGUUCUUGGUAAGAGUUACCUGCGAUAAACGCAAAGUAUUUUGCGCGUUAAAUCCUUCAAUUCACGUCUCUACGGCGGCCAGAUUAAGUUGGAUCGAUUCCCAUUUUGGCGAACGCCACGUCUAAUUUCGCCCGGUACCUUCGAUUUCGUUUAUAUACAUGUAGAUUGAAAGGGAAGAGAAAAAAAAAUCGGAGAGCGGAGAACCGCGAGCCCACAUUUUUUGCGACGAACACGCGAUAUCUCGUCGGAACGAAGCAAUUGGAUGCGAGAUUCCGAGGAGAUACCGCGCGCGAGUAUCGCGAAGCGUGCGUACGAUCGCACGACGCGAACAUAUCACUCGCGGUCUGCUGAUCGGAUUACAAUCGGCCGAAACUGGACGAAGGUUGCUGUCGCGAGACCGGGACACCCUCCGACUUUUCUAGUUGUCGCGAAGUUGCUGCAUGCUGUGUAUCUUCGCGGAAGUCACUUUUGCUUGCCGUUGUCGUAAAUAAACGCACGUUUUGUGAAAGUUACGCACGCGACGCGCGUCUUUAUAUUAUUUUCUUAUAAAUGGAUGUUUUUCGCGAGUUCCAUUCGAGAAUCUGUUCUAUUCGAUAUCCGUGUUUGAAUGAAUUAAUAAAUAGUUACGUUUUACGAUUUUACUUAACAGAUAAUGUCACUAGCUAGUGUUUAGAGUUAUAUUUUUUUAUGUUUUUUUAUUAUUUGAUUAUAUUAAGCAAUUUCAGAGCUUUUUUAACGCAUGUUUUUUUUUUCUUAAAAAGCAUUGCAAUUCAUUGUAGCAUUAUUACAAUCGACUGGAGAAGUGUAGGCUAUCUAGAGAAUUUGUAGACGUAAUAAAGUAAGUUUUACGAUAGAUUUAUAAGAAGGCAUUUCACAAUGCGCUUUAUAUUUUAUUAUUCCGAACUGAAAAAUUGUUUGUUACUAAUACUUUGUACCGUCGAAUGCCUUUCUUUCUGCUGCAAACGCAACUUCCCAGAUUUACUAGAACUCAAAUUCUGAUCGCCGUAGAUUCUAACAAAAAAAAGAACCUCUUUUGGCUCUAUCGUGCGCGGCGAGGAAAGGGGCGAGUAGAAAGAAAAGAAAGAAUAAUAUAUAAAGCCGCGAAAACGCAUGCAUAUGCACACACAACACACACACACACACACACAUACAGCAUCCACACACGCACACACAACAUAGACACUGUCAAACGCCUCUGCAAGCGUGGCGCGCAAUGAACUAGUGAAACGAAGUAAUCGCAAAAACUACAUCCGCAAUACAGAGUUAACGUUUUGAGGUACGCCAGUAACAAAAAAAAAUAACAACAAAAUAAUAAUAAUAUGUUAGGUGUGAUUCUUCACCUCCUUUGUAAUAUGUGUGAUAAAGCAUAAUAUAUAAUAAUAUAAUGACAAUUAUAUAGAUAUAUAUAUAUUAUAUAUAUAAAGUACUAAUAUAUAAUUGAUAAUAACGAUUAAAAUAUCUAAUAUAUUGUGACAGACUUUGAAGGAAAAAAAAGAAAAAGAAACGGGAUGCAAUUGAAAUUAGCUAAAAAUAUUGCACGACACGACAGUAAAAAGCGAAAGGAGAGAUAAAUCGCGUGUGAGAAUUGUAAAGAGGAUUUAAGAAAAAGAGAAAGAUACACGCAGUUAAUUAUCCACUGAGGCUGCAAAAAAGAGCGAUUAAGCGAAUAUCGGUUCGCUCGUACUCAAGCGGACUUACUGUCGUUCGGGUAAUGCGCGUAUAAUUAAAGACAAACGUAAGACGAGAGUGAGAGGGAGAGAGCGAAAGAGAGAGAACGAAAAACAUACAUUGAUAAAACAAAAAAACGUGGGGAACGAGUAACAAUGGUAGUCAUUUACGAUAGAUUUGUAUUUUUCAGUGUUGAAAAGUUUUUUAUACCGCUGUUAUAUUCUUGUCUAAAUAUCUUAGUUCAGAGAAGUUGCGCGAAUGCGUGUUUGUAGGACAUUUCUGCGUAUCUGCAUGCGCGAGUGCGUGUUUGUAUGCGUGUUUGCGUAUGAGCGAGGGGGUGCGUGCGAGAGAAAGAGAGAGAGAGAGAGAGGCACGAGAAAUGGGAAUGAUCUGGCGAGAGAAGUGCCGAGAAAGAGAGUGAUGAUUUAUAUCCCUCGUUGUCGAUAUGAUGAUCGUGCGAUCGGAGGAUUGACAAAAAAAGGGAGAAAGGGCGAGAGCGCGCGAACAGCGGAAAAUGUGUGAUUUUCCUCAUCGAUACGAUACCCAAACGCGAGGACUCGUGCCGUCUAAUUUCUAAAUGAAUCGAGAAAAAUAAAAAAAAAAAUGCGAUUUGAUGAUUUUUGUAUAAAAGGAAAAAAAUUUUUUAAAUUUUAAAAUAGCAGACAGUUUGCACGAUUCCUCGCGUAGAAGGGCCUCCCUCGAGAUGCGUUCUCUCGCGAGCUUUUCGUGCGAGAGAGAAAGAGAGAGAAUCUCGAGGCGAGAGGACUGGUAGAGUAUUCAUCGUGAGACCGAAACCUCUCGCGCGGGAGGAGGAGAGCGGAAAAAAAGGAGAAGCGAGAGAUGUGCGCGCGUUACGUAAGUAGGAUUCCUAAUGCCGCGAAUUAUCAUGCGAAAGAGAGAGAGAGAGAAAGAGAACCGCAGAAUCGCGUACACCUCCUGCUCACCCUCUGAUGUACCGUUUUCCGAGUACGAUUUAAUUAAUUAAUUUUUAUUUUUUUAAAUAAAGUUAUUAUUCUUAUAUUUUACGAUGCUAUAUAGAUAAAUCUUAUAGUGUUUUGUAAAUAAGAGAGCGAUCAUCACAUCUCAAAUCAUCAUCUUGCUCGUUGUUCUUUCUUUUUACACACAUACACACACGUAUACAUGUAUGAUCGAAUCCGAAAAAAAAGUUGCACAACAGCAUCCAGUAAUAAGUGUAAUAAGAUCAAUAGCUUUUUUAUAAAAUCUACUUUAUAAAUGCUGACAGCCAUAUCGCGAGAAUCGUUCUAUUGUAUCAUGACUACUACCGAUUGCAUCAUCGGGAAGUCAUUGCAUAAUCUUAAUUAAUUUGUACGUGCGUGUUUCAAUGUAUAGCCUUUUGAGAAUUUGACGAGGAAGCUUUAUCUCUGUACAAAAUUUUUUAGAUUAAUUUCUCCGGGAAAGAAUUUAAAGUUACACCGUUGUACCGAAACUUUCGCAUACAUGUAAGACGUUACACGUACACGUACAAGAGCAUCACAUAAUCGGCCUGCGCCGACGUGGGAGGCGACGGGCGACCUACAUGGCCCUGUCGCGUCGCGACGAUGUAAAAUGAAUUUUGUAAAUUUAUAAUAAAAUUUUUAAUACAGCACACAUCGCCCGUCGGCGCUUCCACGCGAGCGCGCGCAAGACCGGUUCGGUCGAGAUUUCGGUUUCUCGAGCGUACACUGAAAAAGAAAGAGUUUGGUGAUAAAAAUUAAAUUUUAGUGAAAUAAUUUUAAUUAAAUGUUUCAUUAAUACAAUCGGAUGUUUAGUAAUAUUUAAUAAUUAUAUUAAUAAUAACCAAACAUAAUAAUAAGCAAUCGUUUACUGAACAAUUGUUAAAUAUUUGAUUUUAUUAACUCAACAUUUAAUUGGAACUGUUUCACCAAAAAGCUUAGUGAUUAUCAUUCUUAUUACCAAACUUUUUUCAGUGUAAGUGAUUUUUCUUUUUCUACCUGUGCCUCCGACACUUCGAGAGGUGCCGUCGUUCUUUUUUCCUGUUUUACUAGUUUUACGCCGCUUUACGGAAUCGUCGUCGACGAGAGAGAGAAAGCGCAUCACGACAACGAUGAUCGAUUCUCACUGUUAGUCUGAGGUAUUCCGCAACGAUACUGCUGCGAUUUACUGCGAUCUAUCACUACGAUUAAGAUUAUUCGUAUCUAUUAUCAUCGCCACUAUUAAUUAUAACGAUAGAGUCAUUAUUUUAGACAUUUCUACGUACCAAAGAAACAGUUGGAAUACGUACACGUACAACACACAACACACAUACACAUUCUCACCCACAUACGCGCAAUUCAAACGGGGGGAAAAAGUCGGAGGCAGAUUCGAAGGCUGAUCGAGAAAUCGUGACGAGAGAGGCGUUCGCUGGCAUUCUCGAGAAUCUCAAGACCUCGCCGAAAUUCUCCGUCACGUCGACCGAUCGGCCGGUUUUCAUUUCAUUGCCCAAGCAACGAAAUCAUGAAGCGCGACACGGAAACUAACUGAAACUAAAAGGAAAUGAUUCCUAUUAUCCUGAACGAAAUUUCGGUAGGAUCGCGCCGAGAGACAACACGGUCAAGGAAUCGAUACGGAAGUUCAUAGGUACGUUCAUAGACGCUCUUGCUGCAUUUGAACUCUUUUUGAGAUUCAUUAAAGAAUGGCACGGAGUCCAGUCGCGCCAAGACAUUUUCGACGGCUUUUGAUUACCUUUCACGCGUCUUUUGGAUUUCCACGUUGUUUGGCUUGAUAGUAAAUGAAAUUUCUUCUUGUUCUUAUUUGUUUUUUUUUUUCGCAUUAGUCAAUUGUAGUACAUGUUGAGUGCGAGGCGAGAGGCCGUCUGUGUUCGCGGCUCAGCCGAUCGCCCCCGCGCGCUCGCGCUUAGUAUAAUUCGAUUAAAAAUAUAUAGAUGUGCGUAAAAAAAUAUAUAUAUUAUAUAUAUACGAAUGAAAGAGAGAGCAAGUGCGUGUGUAUGCGUGUAUGUAUGAGCGAGCGAACGGUAAGCUUAAAUAUUAAACGGCAAAUCUUAGAGCGUGAAGAUAACGCGAUAAGAGUAUUACGCUAAUAAGCAAGCAGCUGGGCGCAGUGCAAUGAAUUGUGUUAAACGGAAACGAGAUGAGGGGAGAGCCGACGUGCACCGCGUGCGAGAAGGCGAAGGGUACGACGCCCCACCUCCCUAGAUUUUUUCUCCCUUUUUUUUCUUUUUCUCGAGGAUGAUCCGCCGGAAGUGGAUGUGGCCCGAUAUUAGAGGGCCUGAUACGUGGCCGCGGGAAGCGAAAUUGACCAGCGGUCCAGUGUCCCCAGAGGCGAGCAAAACGAGAGAGAAAGAAAGAAAUCGAAAAAGAUCGGUCGGGAUUGAAUCUCCGAGCGGGGGAGGGGGGGGGGAUUCGGGCGGAAGUGAAGACGAGAUCGUCUGACGACCCCUACACAUCCCGUUUAUAUUAGCGAUUCGCUGUCCCUUUCUAGAUAAUAUAAUCCUCUCUCUUACUUGUAGCAUACACAUACACGCACGCACGUACAUACACACACAUACACAUACACACGUAAACGCACACAGAUGCAAAAGGUGAGAAUUGAGUUGAUCGGGCUUGUCGCGCCCGCGCCCGGGCGCGCGUGCCCACAUAGUCGAAUUACCACGAGGAAAUGGUUAAAAAAUGCAGAUAGUCCCUCUUAGGUGCGAAAGUAGCGUGUUUUUUAAAUACUAUCUCGAAUUUCUACGAAACCUCGAUUAGCGAAUCCUGUACCUGCAUUAACUAGGAAAAAAAAAAUGAGACUCCCGCGACGACGUGGGCGGUUUUCUUUUUUUUAUAUUAUAUAUAUAAUAUAUAGAAUUGCCGCGCGUCGAGAAGAGGGAGAGCGAGCGUUUCGCCACCGUGUAUUUCGUCAAGUAUUUGUAGAAUCGGCUUAUUGUUACUAAUCUUUAAUAUAUAUAUUUAAGAUAUUAUAUAUAAAUAUAUAUAUAUUAUAUAUAUAUAGAUAUUGUCCUAAGCGUGUAAUUGUGAAUACGAAUUUCUAUGAUCUUGUAAUAUAUAAAUUAUAUAUAUACAUAUAUGCAUUAUACGAAAGAAAUCGGAGGUGUGACUUUUACGUACCGAGUUGCAUACUGACAUGAGUUACGUAUCGAGUUAUCACCGCGUUUUAAGGCAUUGACCCGCAGCAAAUUAGGAAAGAGAGAGAGAGAGAGAGAGAGAGAGAGCAUGCGUGUGUAUGUGUAUUUCUCUCGGUCGUGCAUGAGCCGUCAGGCUCGCUAAUAAAAUGUCUAUUAAUCAUCCGCGCGCAAUACGCGCGGUAUGUACGUGUGUAUGCGUAUGCGUGUCCACAUUUUGCCCACCUCUGGGUAACCUGGCUAUAAUCUGUCCCACGAGCGAGCGCAAUUUAUCCGCGACAUCUCUUCUUUCGAUUUCCCCCGCACUCAUUUCGGGUAAAUUGAUGAUUUGACGACGACUCGACCUGGAACUCACGCGGAAAGUGAGAAUCAAGCCAAGGGUAGCUUAACUAUUCUAGUUUCCAGUUGUGAAAAGACACUUGCUCGAAAAAGGCGAGUAACGUUUUGCACGAUCCUUUCCUGAUAGCUUCGUCUGCACAUUGGGCAUUACGCAAGUACGUUAAAACCUUUUAGAAAAAUUAUCACGGCGUGCCAUCUUUGUGUACCUUUUUGUUUCUUCGUCGAGCAAUUUUCUGUAAUCGAGUCUCUCUCUUCGCUCGAACGACAGAUCCCUUCUCGCAUCUUGCAUGCUCAAUUUCGUCCCCUGGUUUUCAUGUAUUUCUUGAGGAUGGGAGGCGUGUUUUGAAAAAGAUAUUCCCAAAAUAAGGAGGCUACGCGAGAACUAAAGAUUGAAUAUCCAAGGAAAUGAACUCUUGCAAUUAAUUAGUUGAACGUUUUCACGAGAUAUAUCUCAAAUCUUUAGGAAGAAAUAAAGAGGCGAUAUUUUCCCAGAGCAUUUAACAUAUAAAAUAGCGUUUCAAAAUUAAAAAAAAAAAAGAUUAAAUGUUCGUAAAGAGAAAAUAAGCUAUUAGUUACGUUUUUCACGAGAUAUUUUAAAUUUAAAUCUUUAGGAAGAAUAGACGCGAUAUUUUCUCAAGUAAAGAAAAAAAAUGAAAAGCAUUUAAGAAUUAAACUCGGCUCUCGAGGAGAGCCCGUGUCCUCCAAUGUCGACAAGAUUCGAUGGAGAUAGCGAAAUUACCGCGACGGGAUCACGUCGGAGGGACCCGCUGAUCCUGCGGAUAUAGCAAAUGACAAGAUGAUUAUAUCUUUUUAGGGAGGGCGUAGUAGGCCGCCGCGCGUGUUUUUCCAGCGCGAUUUCAGGCUAAUCUCGACCUCGAUUCGGCGAGAUAAGGAUCAUCUUUAUCGUCGACCGAUCGAUAGACGGAAACGCAUGUUACGAUACACGGCGGCGAAAUUUGUAUAUUCGCGCGUGCUACACACCAACAGACACAUUCCCGACACACAUUCACGAAACAUACGUGCGCAUACAUAACACACACGAGAGCACACGGCACUCUCACGUGUCACAGUGUACUCCUUAUUCGAGUGACAUAUGAUGACGACGACUAGAGUAGCGGGAUGUUCCUUAUUUUUCUCCUUUAUUUUUUUUAAUGUGUGUAACAUUUUCGGGGGGAGUUUGGAAACUUUGUGAUUACGCGUCUUAGAGCACGAGACGAGAAACACGGAGAGUGAAGUAGAGUGACGCGCGGGGGAUGAAUGCGACGGGAUGAAAGAGAGAGAGAGAGAGAAGAGAAAUGUGUGUGCGCGAGAUGCCGAUUUAUUGAUUGUUCUUAGCAGCUAGCGUGUAGCGUGUCGAUAUCGAUCUAGGAAUACUAAACGAUAAAUCACACGAGAGCGCGCCCGCGGUGCCUCAUGCAGACCGAAAAGGGAAGAAGGAUGAACGAAUAAGGAAAAAAAAAAAUUCAAAGCACGCGCGGCGCGCGCGAUCGUUGCUAGCCAAUUUGCUCCAACCAGUCCUUUUUUUGUACCAGUUCUUUUUUCUAAAUAAUCUCUUUAUAUUGUAAUGUGUAUUCUAUAUAUGCUUAGAACGAAGAGAACUUUUGUAUUAAACACGCGACACUCGACGCGCGCGUCCAUCACGAGACACACGAGUCUAAAAGAGUUAAAAAAAAAAAUGGUAGUAGCGAAUUUUUUACGACCGCCGAGACGAUCGCCGAGAUUCGUCGGGUCGAUUGAUGAUCCUACAAUUAGCUCAUGAACGUAGGGGCGUUCCUUCGACGCUACAAUCGCGAGGGAUUAAUAAUAAUAAUAACAAUAAUUAUUAUUAUAAUUACGAUGUAAGAAUAAUUGAUCACAGACACACACGCAUUCUUGCGGACGGGAUGUUCGGACAGACGAUGGAUAUAGGUUUCGUUGUCGAGGCGGCGUUCGGUCUCGCCGUGGUGUAAUCGGUGAUCGAGGAUCGUCAACGAUGAUCGUUUCGACAUCGCGAGGAUCGACGGUGCGUUCGUUCGACGAACGACGCGCGAUACUUACGGCUGUGAAACGCGACAGACGUAAUCCCCCCCCCAAAAAAAAAGAAAAAAAAACGGUUUGGCGUACAUUCGAGACUCUAAGAGGCACGAAAAUGUCCCGGAGUCAUCCCUCGAGGGAUGUUCAAAGAUCAGGGGAAACGUCCUUUAAAUAUCCGGACAUUCGCGGUAUCCCCGAGAAUAACGGCAGUUUGGGGUGUACGUCGGACGAAGAGAAGGAUGACACACACACACACACACACAUACACGCGUGUAGGCAGCGAGCGCUGAUUUUCGACACUCUCGGAAAUCGGGCUGUCGUUCUCAAUACAGUUAGAACUGUCAUGAUUUCGUGUCGCGCCUAAUGUGAUGAGAAAGAGCGAAUCCUUCUCGCGCCAUAUUUACGAAACAUCUCUGAGUACAUUAUCCUCGAUUCCCGUGGAAUCGGGAAUUUUGGUGAUCAAUUGGGAAUCGAUUAAACGAUGCUUUGAUUACCGUUCGGCUCCUUUUUCGCAAAGCUCGAUUCGCGUAGACGUAGACAGAAGUCGUUGUGUUUCGACCGCUCCGAGGCACCUCUCGUCGCUCAUCGACAUCAAAAGGGGGCGAGAGGAGUUGAGAAUACGUGCGGAUUCGCGAGGGGAACAAACGAGAGCAAGCCUUUUCCGUGCAUUAGAUAUUUUUUUAUAUACGACCGGUCGCCGCGCGCGUCUUUUGCGAGUUGGAGAACGCUCGCGCGAUUUCUCGCUCGCUACGUUUCUCGGUUUUGGAACGCGGAAAACGCGAGUGGGGAAGGGUACGACGUAUCGGGUGCGCGUGGACGUCGAGUGAGCCGAAUCGUGAGGGUGAAAGGAGAAAAAGGAAAACGCAUUAUAAUCAUAGGACGAUGAUUUUUUACCAUUUUCUAAAAUAUGUCAAUCGACUUAAGAUGUUAGUAGCACAUGUUAAUGUUCGAUAUAUUCGCGGACUUUCGGGAACGAGCGUGCGUCUGUGGCAGGAGUAGAGGGAUUUUCACAAGCGUGCCUGGGUGCGUGAGUGCAUUCGCUCGAGAGGAGGAAAGCGUGAUGAAGUAGCGAGAGAGAGACUGAACGGAGAGAACGCGCGUGCUGCGGAAGCGAGUGAGUGCGAGAAGUGGAUUCUCAAUUAGUCGUUGCACACAUUAGUCACACUGAAAAGAAAAAGUUUAGUAACAUAAUCUAGCUCAUUGGUGAAAUUGAAUUUCAAUCAAACGUUUGAUUAAUAUAAUCAAAUAUUUAGUAAUUAUGUUAAUACUAACCAAAUACAGUAUAUAGUAGUAACCAAUCGAUUAUUAAACGGUUACCAAACAUACGGUUACUGAAUAUUACUAAAUAUUUUAUUAUACUAACUAUAUAUUUAAUUGAAACUAUUUCAUAAGGCUUACGUCAGAAUCCUACCGGUAAUUAUUAUUACUAGACUCUUUUUCAGUGCACGGAUAUCCGAGAGGAUGUGGAGAGGGGAGGGAGAUUAUCGUGUAUUUAGUUAGUGAUUUUCUAGCUUUCGAUCGCGGCGUUUCGAAUCUUCCGGAUCUCAUUUUUCUAUGCGCGAAGCGACAGUUUCGGUUCUUCGUGUUCUCUGUUUUUCUGUGUUCACGUUCGCGAUCGCGAAUUAUCUCGUGAAAAAACCAAAAUCGCCGAAGACGCGCAAAUCUGAGACGCGAUUGCAAGACGCGUUGAUCGCGCGAUCGAACGUAGCGACUUAAAAUAUUAUAGGGAACCACGUCGUUCUCGCGUACGAAAUAUCCUCUGAUAUAUCCUUUUUUUAAGAGCUCCACCUUUUAGCAUUUUACACCGUCGCAUGUCUUGUAAUUAAAACUGUAGCAAAACUCAUCGUCGACUGACACGUAUUAUGGAUACCCGUAGGCUCGAUGGAUUAUAUGGUCGCGUGGGCGAAGAGAAAAAAAAAUCAUUUUUUUUUUAAUCUCUGUUGUCACACACUUUUGUCGGAAUUAUUGUCCCAACAAGUGAAUUCCAGCAAGUAAAUUCAAAUAAAUUAAAAAUUGCGAUUUAUUUUCAUUUAUCUGAAUUCGCACUUCAGAGUCUCCAAGUAUUUUUGAAUUUAAAUGGACUCAAAUGGAUUGAAAUACGAAACGGUUCGUCAUUUUGAAUUUGGAUGGAUUCAUGUCCUCAUUAUAUCACUUUUGGAUUUAAACGAAUUGAAAUACGAAUUGCGAAAUGAGCUAUUUCAUCAUGUUGAAUUUAUAUUAUUUUUGAAUUCAAUUGCAUUCGAAAAAUCUGAAACGCGAAUUCGAAAAUAUCAAAAUAAAUUUAUUUCUAUCUACUUCAAUUCAUUUUUGUUUGUUGGAAUUCUUAACAAUUGUUAACACGUGCUUUGAAUGUUUAUCUGUUUUUCUGAUCACUCAGUGUCCUCUUUAUUAAUUUCUACAAAAAAAAAGGUAAAUGCCCCAAAAAUUGAUAUUAUAUAGAAAUAAAUUGCUUGAAAAAUUUUUUUAAAUGUAUCCGUCGCCGUAUCGUCGUUUAUUCUUGAUAUUUGCAUGUCGACGCGCACUUUGAACCAUUGUCUUUAUUUUUUUAAUUAACGAAUAUUUUUUAGCGAUUUUUUUUUAAGUAAUUUAAUAUAUAAGGAAGUUUUUAGUAAUUUAAUAUAUAAACGGAAUACUACAAAUUAACAAUUAUAUUUUAUAACGAUAUCUAUUUUUUUAAUUAAUAAAUACUUUAUUAAUUUAUAAUGCAUAAACGCGGAGAAUGUGUAUACUGUAAAAAAAUUAACAGUUAUAUUUUAUAAGAAUAUUUUAUAAUGUAAUAUUUUUUAUUUGCGAAAACCGUUAUACAGAGAGCUCGUGAUAUGGAAAUAGAUGCAUCGUGCGGCUAUGUAAUUUUCGAGCUCCCGUCACCGUGAGAAUACCAGUAGCGCAGUAUUAUUUACUCGUAGAGGGAGAGAAAGAGAGGACGGGGCCGUCUGUUCGCAUUUACCCUACGACCGAUCGCCGUAGACAGAUCUAAUCGUGCAAUCUGCGCGAGAUCGCUGGCGAGAUUACGCGGCGCGUCCCCCCGCGUCGUUGCCGAUCGCCGUACGAGAUUCGUCGCGUUCAUCAAUCCUCAUCCGCAUUGUCGAUCGCAUUCUCCGGAUCGCUCCUGUCGACUUAUGCUCAAUUUACCCGUUAAUUCUUAACGGCGAGCUUUCGCUGAGACUGGUCAUUGGCGCGGAGGAGUCGGAAGUGAGAGAGGGAGAACGCAAUCUAGCAGCCGAAGGACCGAGGUGCAUCCUCGAGCGACGGGCGUCCCUUUAUUGGGGUUUUUUUUUUUCACGAAUUUACACGCGGUUGGAUCGAAAGAAGCGUCCCGCGUGUCGCUCCGAUAGCGACUCCUCGCUCUUCUUCCUUUCCUUCGAAAACGGUCGCCCUAGUCUCAUGCAGAGAACGCCCAUAGGAAAUGAAUGUAGAAAACGAAUAAAAAAAAGAGGGAGGGAUAAGAGAGAAAGAGAGGGAAAACUCUCUAAAUCGGAAUCAGUGUAUAUUAUUCACUGAAAGACAGUGAAUAGUCCGAUUUCAGUGGUAUGCUUAUAACUAUAUCAAUCAGUGACAUGCACUGUGACAAUACACUGAUUCCGAUCGGUAAGAGUACCCUUUUCUCAAUCGGAGUCACUGAAAAAACAAUGAAUAGCCACUGACGAUCACACAGUUAUAAGUAUAGCACUGCAAAUCAGUAAGAUUUCACUGAUGCAGAUUUAGAGAGCAAAGUAUCCUACGAGAGCCACCGCACCAGGCCAACGAACCGAGGAACCCACGCAAUACAUUGUUAUCUCUAUCCGGAGUCGACGGAACCUUCGUAAAUGUAAAACAUAGCCGUGAUCGAUCGAUAAUCGUAGCUUAAUUAGCGGUAACACAUAAUAGAGUUUAUUUUUUGGUCGCAGAAUAUUGUUAUAAAUAUAUUUAGCCGAGAGAGAAAGAGAAAGAGAGAACGAGGGAUGUUUGCGUGUGAUGUAUGCCUGUGUAUGCGAGUGCGGACGUGAGGAAGACUAUCCCCGAAGAAGGCGCGAACGUUUAGAGCGUAGAAUACGAUGGUACGCCCCCCGUGAUAGGUGCGAAAGUGGUGCGCGUGAUGCUGUGUAAUACGUACGUGUUCGCCGUUGCGUCUAAUGCGUGUAAAUGUUGAAAUGUGCGGCUCCGUGCGAAAAAUGUGGAGUUCGCCGCGACGACCCACCCCCGCUUCUCGCGAUUGAACUGUACGGCGAACGCGCUGACGCUCAGAUCUAGGAUGAGAAUUACCACUGAUACUAAACGGAUACUUUUUCUUUUCAAAGCAGAGCGGUCGCCGUGCACGAAACGCGAUAUCGAGCCCGAGAAAAUUCCUCCGGUCUCAGUAGGAUAAUCGGGAGUUCCAGUUACACGCCUUCGUGCGUAUUUAACGAACGCUCGAUUUUUAGCGAGGGGGUCGCGAUAACGGCUCCACAUCAUUGAUCACGCAGCCAUCACGAUCCGAGUCCUUACACGUUUAGCGCCAGGCGUGAUCUCCCUCCUUUUCGCGACUCACUUGCGCGCAUUUCCACAAUUUUUCCUUCUUUUCUCUCUCUCUCUCUUUUUUUAGAUAAAUAUAAAAUCCGGAGCUGUGGCGCUAAACGAUAGGCGAGGAUUCCCUGCGAACGCGAGCCUGAUGUAGAAUGCGAAGAAUAUAUUGUGGCAUUAAUAACGUUAAGGUAUAUCGGGCAUAUGUGCGAGAGAGAGAAAGAGAGUGAGAGACGGGGACCGUGAUGCGUGCGGUUUCGCGUAGGAUAAGUUCUCCUGCAAUUUCGCAGCAAUCAAGGGUGAAUAUUUUUACCGAGGGUCCUAUAGCGAGCCGCGUGAAUCGCUCGCGAACGAGACGUCGCAGGGGCUCGAGUUCGGCUCGCAUAGCCCGGUAUCGUCGUUAGAUCUUUAUUAAUUUUUAAAAUUACACACGAAACUUUGAUCGAUCGGACAUAACGCGCGAUGCGAUUAUAUCCAGAGUUCAAGUUUUUCAAGUUCUUUUCUGCUCUUCCUUAAACCGCAGCUGCCGCACGUGGCACGGUGCGGAGGCAGCGGGGCAGAAAUCGUUUUUGCGCUGACUUAGUAAUAUUAUAAAUGUGUAUGUACAUAUAAAUGUAUAGACCUACGAGAUGCAGAACGCGUGAGAGAGAAAGAGAGAGAGAGAGAGAGAGAAAGAGGCAGAGUGUGUGCGAGAGCGACUAGAAAGGAAACGCGAAUAACGAACGCAGAAGAGAACACGUGUUGUCGUGUGCGUGCGCGGGACGGCCUCGUUAACGAUAGAUCUCUCGGGAAGCUGAUCAAGGCGGGGGUGGUCUCCUGCCUCGGUGUAUCGAGGCGCUUCUCGGUCGAAAGAAGAAAAUUUGAAGCUUGAAAAAAAAAAUAAUUUCCGCUAUUUUUAUCUCUCAAAAAUAUGAGAGGGGGGAAAAAGUUAUCGUGACAGCGUUAAUUUUUUUGGCUUCACCCGUUAACGCUACGUCAACCUAAAUACGGCUAGUUAGGCGAAUAUAUUAUUAUCGUGUUGUUAGAAAUUUUAUUUUCAUUGUUAGAGGGUGAGGCGAUGCCUGCAGUUAAAAAAAAAGAACCGAAGCCGGUCGGCGGUAACGGGACAACACGCGGUCCCGCGCACGCAUGUACGCAUGUAGGCAACGACAUUGAUAUUUAUUAAUUAUUGGCGCGCGAUGUCCCGAUCGGGACGCGGUUUCCCGCGAGGAAUGAAAGAGUAAAGAGCCUCGUCCUCGGGGAAACCGCUCGCUCGCGGCGACGCGUUUCGACUCGUCUCGUUGGAGAACGAUUUAUCAGUAGGAUCGUACUUUCAUGCUCGUUUCUCGGUCACACUUAAAACACGUACACACGAACACACACGUACACAUUAUUAUAAUUACCCAAAAGUAACUUGUACUAUGUAUAACUAUUACUAUUUUUAUGAAUUUUUGUACAUUUUUCUAAUUAUUUUGUAUAAUAAUCGUUAGCGGAAAGAGAGAAAAUGGCAGAGUCUGACACCCACCUCCCCAAAAAAGUGUUCAAAGCGGAGAAAAGGAGCUACAUAGACGACGAAAAGAAACAUAAAUAGAGGAAAAGAAAGACGAAAAAAAAGGAGAGGAAUUUCGGUGUGAGUGUGAUUAUUACGCGAAUCUCGUGCGAGCAUAUGUAUGCGAAUUUGCGAAAAAGAAAGCUAAAGAAAAGUAGCGAGAGAACAAGAGCGAAAGGAACAGAGAGAAAGAGAGAAAAAAUGACUGAAGAAUGCAAAAUAGAUGAUAGAAGAAGUACGUGGAAGAGCGUGUGGCGUGCGUGUGCAAAAUUUUACGAAAGUAGAAAAAAAAAUGCAAACGAUAGAAAGAAAGGAGAGAAAAAAAAAGAAGAAGAAGCCACGACUGUCGACAAUGUAGUUCACCGUUUGCCUGUAUAAUCUUGUCUUAAUCUGUCUCCUUGUCUGUCUGUUUGUCUGUCUGUCGGUUUGUCUGUCUGUCGGUUUGUCUGUCUGUCUGUCUGUUCGUGCUGUGUUUCACAGGGGAGGAGAAUUCGUUAAGAUCAAAAAAAAAAAAAAAAAAAAAACAAAGCGACGUAGCGUUACUUUUUCUCUGGAAUAUACGACGCAAUGAUGACGAUAACGAUGACGACGACGACGACAAUUUUUAUGUUUUGUAUUAAAAGAAAAACGCGCGACGAAAUUUCUUCGUGACAAACCCGCUAAAGACAUAUAAAUAUGUAUGUAUGUAUAUUUAUAUAAAUAUAAAUAUACAUAAAUAUAUAUCGUAAGAAGAACGAGAGAGAGAGAGAGAGAGAGAGGGAGGAAAAAUGGGGGAAAGAAAAGAGAGCGAUACCGACCGAAAGAAGGGGGAGAUGGAGAGAAUGGAUAUAAAGUAUCGGGAAAGUAUAAUAAAAUAAAAACGACUAAAUGAUGUUCAAAACGACGAUAAAGCAAAAGAAGAAAGGAGAAGGGAAAACGGUAGAGGCGGAGGGUAUUUAAAUAAUUCCACGGCCCUCCGCUGGCAGACGCCGCGCCGCGCCGCCGCGAAAAUGUGUGAAAAGGAAAAAAAAAAGAUCUACUUCGUAUUUGACGACGUGUUUGUUAUAAUUAUAAGGGUCACCUUUUCUUUUCUUUUCUCGAAAUGAAAUGCUAUAAAAUAGAUCAAUUCUUUCAUGGAUAUACGGUGUCCUGUUGCUUUCGCCCGAUCCCGAAAUGCGAGAAUCCUGCAAUCCGGCGAAAGAGAGGUGUCCUCGAUUUCUCGCGCAAAUGCGACCGAGCGAGGGGCUCGGAGCGGAAAGUUGAGCAAAAUAAACUCGCGAGAUUAUCGUGGGAUCACGGGAUGACCCCGUACGAAUUGUGAAAUCAUCACUUUGUAACACAGUAGAGCUACGGAGGUUCAGUUCCGAUCUGACGAAGAAUCGUUGCUCCGAGCCGCUCGAGCUCUCACCUCCCUUCCCCGAUUCCUCGACGAAUGCUCCCGUAAAGAAAAGAAGAAACGGAAAACACGGAGAAAUGAGAUAUAUAUGUAUAUAUUUUACGACGUCUCUCAAGUGUAGAAUCAGUGAGCCGAGAGGCAUCCCCCGUCUCCUUUGCCCAUCCCCGCCGCAUCCCCGCGUGCGAUAUAUAGUUCGUAAUAUAUUAUUCUUCUACUCUUAAUACUUGAUAUUUAUAUGUGCAACUUUUCGAUUUUGUUCGUUUCCACCCUUUUUAGUACUUUAAUAAAUGAGUUUGUUAAAAA